CCCACAUUUACAAAUUUGUUUUCAUGUGUUGCAAAAUGCAGUAUUCAUUGUAGUUGUUGCGCCCUGCAGUCGUUACAAUGAUGGUCUCUAAUGUAUCUUCUUGGUUGAAGAACAAUAAGACUGUACAAGUUCCACAAGAUUGGUUGGCGGCUUGUAUAAACUGGCUCAACUCUGAAAAUCAGGGUGAAGCUCUUACAAUGCAACAGAUUCAGAACCAAGUAUAUGGCCAGUGGUUGGACACAGAUCUAUCAGACCUUGAACAGCCAACCUUGCCGGAUGAAAUUUUACUGGAAAAGUACAUGCUACGUGGAAAAUACUGCUUACAAAUCAAUUCAUUGCUGGACAUAUCCCAGUCUGCUCAUAGCCAGCUUUUAAAACUUCAAAACAAGGACAAUUCAAAUACAGCCGUAUCUGCUGAGACACAAGCCACUCAAAAACCAUGGGAGAAAAAAUCUUCUCGAAUGCUGAUGCUACAACUAACAGAUGGUGUGACAAAUAUACAAGCAAUAGAAUACCAAACAAUACCAACACUAAAUGAAACAUUACCACCUGGAAUAAAGGUACUUAUUAAAGGACCUGUGUUAUGUCGAGAAGGCGUGAUAAUGCUCUCUCCUCGACAUAUUGAAGUCCUUGGUGGGGAAGUGGAGGAUCUCUUCCAUGAAUCUUGUAAAGAAGCUACAUUACAUAAAGCACUUAACCUUCCGCUUCCUGCUCACAACCAAAUACACCAACUGCCACAAACGGAAAAUGAACCCGAAACCACCACUAACACAGAAUUGGUUGAUCUUGGUCUUACUGAAGAAAUGCUUGGUCAGCUUUUUGACGACGAUGAAACAGAAACGGUGCCGAAUGCGACUCAGCGUACAGUGACUCAUCAAAAUCAAGCAGUGAACGGAAGUGACCCUAUAGAAAUAAUAGAUGAUGUUGAUGAUGAGAUAGAUGAGGAAAUUCUUCUUGCAGUUGACCGUGUGGAAGCAGAGAUGUUGGACAGUAAACCAAACUUUUCAUCUGUGCCACCAAAUCAACCUAAAUGCCAUAUUUCAAGUUAUUCAAAUUCACCACAUACAAAAACAGAACCAAUUUCAGUUGCCAAAAUAAAUCCAGCUCCAGCUAUUAAUCCUACACCUCCAUCAUCUAAACAACUAACCAUAAAAGACGCAUUUAACCAAAAUUUCAAGCCAUUGUCAUCACACCUGGUAUCAUGCGCUCAGUCAAACAAACUGACAGUUCCACCUCCAGACACGAAACCUAAAACUAGUUUAAACCGGAAACGAAAAAGUUCUGGACCAGAAUCUCCUGCAAAAUCUGAAAAUAAGGAAUUCUCCAUCGUUUCAACAACAACAGCAUCACAUCAACUUGUUGAUAACACUACAAAGUCGAUAAAACAUGUUGAUGUAAAGCAACAAAUUAGCAGAACAGAUAUUUGUAAAAAUGAAAAUUUUUCUGUAUCUUGUGGACAACCACUUUAUAUGUACAUCUGCAGAGCAAAGAAAUUGAACCAGUCUUCAGUUAAAUUCCGGACAAAAGCUUAUAUUGUAACUUUGCUUUCAAAACUUGUGGUCAACGUAGCUAACCAGUGGCAUUUGACCGCCAGAAUUUGCGAUGGCACCGGUGUGUUGGAUGUGGAAUUCAGUGAUCAAGUUUUAACUGGCUUAAUCGGGUUCACAGCAGCACAGGCAAAUCAAGCAAAAAAUACACCUGGACCUGGGGAAAGCCUAGCUUCUCUUCGUCAGGGCAUGGCAUCAUGUAGACAAGAAAUUAUUGGUAUGUGUAAAAUUAUGUCAAUUCAAAUCGAUGGCCAAAAAGUGGAAGUUUUUGACCUACAGGACGCAGAUGUUAAGUUCUGGCAGCGCUUUGAUAAAACAUAAUGUUCUGUAUUUAGUUUUCUAUUCUAUUUUGAUGUGUUUUUUUCAAAAAAUCUAUGGCUAUAUUAAAACAGCUGACAUUUGAUUUUAAAUUAA